AUUCAUAGUUGUUUCAGCUCAGUAGUGUACUUGGAGUGUUUUUUUCGAAAUGGCAGGCAUUGUGGAAAAUAUUUUACUUAAUGUAUACUUUCUUAUUUUUGUGGCUUUUGUAAUAAUUAUUUAUUUCUAUGUAAAAUAUGUCUUUUCCUACUGGGAACGCAAUAAUGUUCUUUAUAAAAAACCAAUUUUUCCAUUUGGAAAUUUUACUCCAGUAUUUAUGUCUAGACAAUCAUUUGGAGAAUUUUUACUAGAAAUGUACCAAUCGAUAACGGUCGACUUCAUUGGAUUAUAUGCUAUGGUCCGACCAAUUUUUUUUGUACGAAAUUUGGAGUUGUGUAGAAAUAUAUUAGUGAAAGACUUUCAUUUUUUUCAUGAUCGUGGUGUAUAUGUGGACGAAACAGUCGAUCCACUUUCAGGACACUUGUUCUCUCUCAGCGGUGAAAAAUGGAAGCAAUUGCGUGCCAAAUUAACACCAACAUUUACUUCUGGGAAACUUAAGGCUAUGUUUCAGACCUUAGUUGAUUGUGCUAACAGUUUGGAAAAAAAGCUGAAAGCAGAAGUUGACCAUAACACUGAAAUUGAAGUACGUGAUCUUAUGGCGAGAUAUACUACUAAUGUUAUUGCUUCGGUUGCAUUUGGUAUUGAAGUAGAUUCAAUAAACGAACCAAAUUGUUCAUUUAGACACUAUGGAAAAAAAGCAUUUGCUCCAACACUAAAAAAUGCUAUUAGAAAUGCAUUAUUUCUAAUCUUACCAAAAAUUGCUAAAUUAAUCAAAUUGAAAACGGUCGAGAGUGACUAUGAAAAAUUCAUUUUCUCCAUGGUCAAACAAACAAUUGACCACAGAGAAAAAAAUAAUAUCCAAAGAAAAGAUUUUAUGCAGCUUCUUCUUCAACUACGUAAUACUGGAAAUGUUGAUAGAGGAGAUGAAUGGAAUUUUACAUCGACAAAAGAUGAAUUGAAGAAAUUAUCCAUCAAUGAACUUGCAGCACAAGUUCAUGUUUUUUUUUUAGCUGGCUUUGAGACCUCAUCAACACUUAUGUCUUUCUUUCUUUAUGAAAUGGCCCGUAAUCAUGAUUGUCAAGAAAAAGUUCAAAAAGAAAUUGAUGAAGUGUUAGGAAGUCAUGAUGGAAAAUGGUCAUACGAGGCAAUUAUGGAAAUGAAAUAUUUAGAAGAUUGUAUCGAUGAAACUUUGCGCAUGUAUCCCCCUAUACCACUUCUUAAUCGAGAGUGUACAACAGAUUAUCUAAUACCAGGAACAAAAACCAUUAUUAAAAGAGGCACAGCAGUAUUAAUUCCUUGUAUUGGAUUUCAUUAUGAUCCUAAAUACUUUGAAAAUCCCAUGAUUUUUAAACCCGAAAGAUUUAAAACCGAAAACCAGAUUACAUCCUUCAAUCACCUGUCUUUUGGUGAUGGGCCUCGUGCAUGUAUUGGAAUAAGAUUAGGUAAAAUGCAAGCAAAAAUUGGAUUGGCCAUUAUUCUUCUAAAUUUUAAAAUUCAACUUGGUAAAAAAUUACAACACAGCAAAAUACAGUAUGCACCAGAAAGUAUCGUUCCUCUACCAAUUGGUGGGUUACAUUUAAAAUUUUCUCAUAGGAAAUUAUAAACAUUUUUAUGUAAAGCACACGAUUUGUUACAAUUUCAAAACUUACAAAAAUCAAAUUAAAUCAAAAUUGAAGAAAUUUACCUUUAUAUUAUUACUUUUGUGAAAUUAAUUAUAAUUGAUCGUAUAUAUUUUACCAAAUUCUAUCAAAACAUAUUUAUUCAGUUUACACAUGUAACCCGUGUUAGGUGUUAAGGGCGGGAGGUUCAAAAUUGAGGGUUAUGGCCUCUAUAGUUUGAGAGUAAUUUUUGGUCAAAAAAAUGCCUUUUUGAAAGAAAUUCCCUGCAGUGCUGUAGAUGGAAACCUGAAGAAAAUUUAAAAGAAAUCUUUGUCAAUUUUUGCUUUCAUUUAUCAAUUGCUGUGUGGUAAGGAAAAAAUAAAGAAAUGAUACAAUAAGAAAACUUUAAAAUCUAUGUUAUUAUAGAUGAUUUGAAAUAAAUAUACUGUGUUUAAAAGCA